AAAUAUAAAGCUUUCGUGGGUGUAAGGAAAUCUUCAAAUCCCGCCAGCUUCAUCAAAUGCUUCACAUAUCUAAUGAGCUUGACUGGCUGGUUUCAUACCGCAGCAAAACAUCCUCUAUAAUGGCGGUAUCGAUAGCAACCGAGCGGCAUUGACCGGCGAUUUCACCAGCAGCCAGCAAAAGAAAACUAAUUGCACGGCCUGGCUAGCUCUCUUGCUUUCUCCAUUGCUAGCUGGAAAACGCAAGUGGAAUAAUGUGUGUAACGAAUAAACUGCAAGGGUACCUGCCGGAACUAACGUUAGCUAACUAGCUUUAUUUAUUUGGAGUUCGUAGUGGUUGUUGCUACUGUUAGCUUGCUUGCUAACGUUAGCGCAUUCACUUGCGGAAAAUGGAAAGUGUGCGGAUAGUGGCUGGGGAGAGGAGCCGAUUGGAGGUGGAUUCCCUGUCAACGUCAGUCGGAAUAUUAGACUCGGAAAUUGGACAAAUAAGAACUGGCAGCAAGUUUUUAAAGGACAGUGGUGGUGCACUCUUCCCCGCUGGAAAAAUAACUGCGACGGGGGAAGAUGAUGGCGGGGGCGGGGAGACAAAACUCUUGGGACUUGCUACCACCUCCCUACUUCACAUAGCGAUACGGAACGGGAUUUACCAAAACCAGGCUGCUAACGCCACCAGUAGUGCUGCCAAUCUCAACAUGACCACCGGUAAAACACCCAACAUCUACAGCCUCGUAUCGGUCAGCAGCACCAGCGUGAACUCGUUGUUGACCAGGAGACGGCGGCACAAGAGGAACCUCUCGGCCUCAGCUUCGACAACCUCAAGCCCACCCGCAGUCUCCUCCGUUGGCGGAGUGAGACCCACACUGUCCGCAUCGUCUGUCAACAACACACUGAGCCUGGAUAGAAAGACCUUGCUUCGCCAGAAGCAGGCGAAGCAGCUCCAGCCCAACGACAAGGCGUGGGUCCGAGCUGACCUCCAGCAGGGUUGUAUCCACGUCCAUGACCGACUCACGCCCUCCUACCCCCGGGCGGUACUAUGCACCGUGGACACCACCGCUGGGGAGAUAGCGGCUCGUCUGGGGCAGCUUGGGGGUAAAUGUGGAGGGAUACUAAGAAUGACUCGCAAAACAAGUGCUUAUGUUGACCUGAACGGUAACUGCAAUGGUAGCCAUGGGCAUAUUGACUACCAACUUGGUGUGAAUAAAAGUAACAACGUGAAGACCUCUUACCCGGGUUCUGUGAUCUCCUACUCAGGGUCAGAGGAGAACCAACCAGUCUCUCCAAUCAAGCGGCUUCAUAGCAAUAACAACCAUGCUCAAUAUUACCUGGAAACAAAUAUAUUACUUUCUGACUACAAGAUACCAAGCACCUCUUCCUCUGAGGUUUAUCUAAAUGACAGUGAGGGUGCAGACAUGGGCCUGAGUGGGGCCGACAGUUGUGGACUGUACUCAGGCUCAGACAUGGAGAGUAGCACCUUUGAAGAUUUGAGCCCCGGUGGUCCGCGGCCCAGCCAACACCGGAACUCCCUCAGUGAUGCUGCUGUCCUUGGGACAAACUCCUCAGUGCUCAGCCCAAACUUAGAUUCCGCCACGGAGGAAUUGGACCCGUUUGGGAGUUCCUCAGACGAGGUUGAGCUUGACCCUUCCCCGACACACACAGCCAGCAUCCCCACUGUCAUUCAGCAACAGGCCCUGGAAGGGAAAUCUAUGCACGUCCCCUCAACUGAUGCCUGCAAAGCUCCUGACAACAGGCUAUCAAAGUCAAACCAACUGGAAGACAAAAACGCUGCUGAUGAAGGUGGAAAAACAGGUAGCACUGGAGGAGAACCCAGACUGAUCAAUCCCCUGUCAAGCUGUGGCAGUAACUCACUGGCCCUACCUCUGACUGGCAGAGCAGCUGUUGAGCAUGACCUGGUCGUUUCAGGGGAGCUGAGAGGGGUCCCGGGCCCAGAGAAAGCCUCCCCAGCACCGGCCCUCUUCGCCCAGCUGCACGGUGGAGCUAUGAGGAGGCUGGAGGAUGAUGAGAAGCCUCUGCAGAUGCAGAAUGAGUACCUCUCUAAUCUGGGCUAUGGAGACCCGUGGCGGGUACAGGAAGAGGGUAUGGACCCAGAAAUAGGCUGUCUCAUACGCUUCUACGCAGGUAAGCCGCAGUGUGUGGGUGGAGCAGACCGGGUGCAGCUGACGGGUGUGUUUAAUGUGAGGAAGGGUAAGCUGGCCCUGCCUGUCAACCGGUGGUCACGACGACACGUCACCCUGAGUGGCACCUGUUUCAUCGUCUCUUCCGUCAAAUACGCUCACACCGGCAAGAUGCACAUCCUGCCCCUCAUCGGUGGAAAGGUGGAGGAGGUGAGGAGACACAGUCACUGUCUAGCCUUCAGUUCUUCUGGUCCCCAGAGUCAGACCUACUACAUCAGCUAUGACUCCUACACAGAACACCUCCGCUGGCACAGACAGGCUGCCAAGAUAGUGUCUCAGAGGGUGAGUUCUGUGGACCUGUCAUGUUGCAGUCUGGAGGAGCUGCCAUCUCAGCUGUUCUACAGCCAGGACCUGACCCACCUCAACCUCAAACACAACUAUCUGACAGGCCUCACACAUCUCACCAGAUUCUGCAGGUUGAGGAGCCUCAAUCUCUCUAACAACGCUCUGUCUGACUUCCCUCUGGCCGUGUGUGACAUCACCUCCCUGACAGAGCUCAACCUCCAAGGCAACCUUCUGACCUCUCUGCCCUCAGCACUGGGGACCAUGCACAACCUGCAGACCCUGCUUCUGGACGGUAACUCUCUGAACUCCCUGCCUGCUGAGCUAGGCUCUCUGGAGGCCCUGACCUACCUGGGCCUGUCCUUCAACCUGUUCAGCAGCGUACCUCCAGCCCUGGAGAGGCUCAGGGGGAUGGAGAGGCUCUGUCUGGCUGGGAAUCAGCUCUCCUCCCUGGACAUGGUCGGCCUGCAGUGGCUCCCCCACCGACACAUAGAUCUCAGGUUGAACAGGCUCCAGAGGGUGGUGGUUGGGGAGGCUGGCCUGCUGAGCCACGUGGCCCAGUUAGAUGUGCGGGACGCUGGGUUGGAGGAGCUUGACGUCAGGACCCUAUCCAGGCUGGAGCUCCUACGCUGUGACAGAAACACACUCACACUCCUUCGAGUCAGCGGCCUAGCACUCAAGGGCCUGCACACAGCACAAAACGAGCUGAGAGCACUGGAGGUGUUUCCUGUUCCAGAGAGCCUCACUGUUGUGGACGUGUCCAGGAACCAUCUGGACUGUGUGCCUGACUGGGUGUGUGAGAGCACCCGACUAGAGGUCCUAGACAUCAGCCACAACAACAUCAAAGAGCUACCCAUACGGUUAUUCUGCAGUGCUAGUCUUCGUAAAGUGCUGGUGGGAUGUAACAGUCUGCGUAGACUACCUGAGCGGCUGGAGAAAUCUCAGCUAGAGGUUCUAGAUGUACAACACAACCUGCUAACUGAGCUACCACACAACCUCUUCAUUAAGGCCCAGAGCUUGCGCUACCUGAACGCAUCAGCCAAUAAGCUGGAGUGCCUCCCUCCAGCCAGCCUAUCAGAGGAGGGCCUCAGCAGCCUGCAGGAGCUGUAUCUGACCAAUAACAGCCUGACGGACAAGAGUGUCCCUCUGCUGACUGGUCACGCCCACCUCAGGGUGCUGCACCUGGCCUACAACCAGCUACAGACCUUCCCAGCCAGUAAGAUGGCUCGGUUGGAGCAGCUGGAGGAACUGGACCUCAGUGGGAACAGGCUGAGAGCGGUGCCCACCACCAUCCUGAGCUGCAGGCACAUGCACACACUCUCUGCCCACUCCAACAACAUCACUGUCUUCCCUGAGGUCCUCCAGCUUCAAGACAUGAAGGUAGGACAGACACAACACACACUCUCUGCCCACUCCAACAACAUCACUGUCUUCCCUGAGGUCCUCCAGCGUCAAGGAAUUAAGGUAGGACAGACACAACACACACUCUCUGCCCACUCCAACAACAUCACUGUCUUCCCUGAGGUCCUCCAGCUUCAAGACAUGAAGUGUGUGGAUCUGAGCUGUAAUGAGUUGUGUGAGGUAGUCCUCCCAGAGUCUCUGCCUGCUAAACUACAGGAGCUAGACCUGACAGGCAACCCUCGCCUCAACCUGGAUCACCGGAGCCUCGAACUGCUCAAUAACAUUCGGUGUUUCCGUGUGGACCCAUCUCCCUCCUCUUUGUGUGGCAGUGAGGGGCCCGGGGAGCCUGCAGUCUGGAGCCACGGAUACACAGAGGCCUCUGGGGUCAACAACAAGCUGUGUGUAGCAGCCCUGGCAUUGGACAGUUUCCGUGGAAGCAGGGAGGCUCUGUACGGGGUGUUUGACGGAGACCGUAACGUUGAGGUGCCCUACCUGCUGCAAUGCACCAUGGGAGAUGUGCUGGCCGAGGAACUGCACAAGAGCAAGAACCAAGAGGACUAUAUGACCAACACCUUCCUCACCAUGCAGAGGAAGUUGGGCACGGCAGGACAGAGGCUGGGAGGGUCCGCGGCCCUCUGCCACAUCCGUCAUGGCCUCGUUGCCCCAAGCGACCGUGGCGGCGGGGGCUGUUUCACGGUGACAGCGGCUAACGUGGGAAGGUGUCAAGCAGUUCUGUGCCGUGAUGGCAAGGCCCUCCCUCUCUCCACCACACACACCGUCAGACAGCAGUCAGAGUACCAAAGAGCACGCCAACACCAUGCUAUCAUCACUGAGGACAACAAAGUGAACGGAGUGACGGACUCCACCAGGAUCAUGGGCUACUCCUUCCUGUGUCCCGCCGUGACCCCACGACCCCACGUCUCCACGGUAACCCUCACCCCGCAGGAUGAGUUCUUCAUCCUGGCCAGCCGGGGCUUGUGGGAUACCAUGUCCACCUGCGAGGCAGUGGAGGCAGUGCGUAACGUCCCAGACUCCCUAGCAGCAGCCAAGAAGCUGUGUACGCUGGCGCAGGGCUACGGCUGUCCUGACAGUCUGUGUGCUGUGGUGGUGCAGCUGAGUAUCACUGAAGACUGCUGCUGCUGUGAGCCCCCACCACCCCCACCCAGCCCCGGCCUGGAAACUCAACACACCCACACUGCUGGUAACACACACCAUCGCUACGGCUCAGCAGAUGGAACUCUACCAUUACCGCCUCCGGCGAUGGGGACAGGAAGUGAGGUCAGCAGUGAGGUCAGCACGUCGGAGAUGAGCAGUGAGGUGGGGUCGACGGCGUCGUCGGACGAGCCAGCCAAUCAGACUGAGAAGGGCGUGGCCCUGGGGGGUCGCGGGGGGGUGCUGGGGCGGGGAGCGGGGGUGUAUGGAGGUGGAAGAGCAUCGUUCCAGAGGCAGUACUCCGGGGCUCUGUCUGACAAUGGGCUGGACAGUGAGGAUGAGGAGCCUAUAGCUGGGGUGUUCUCUAAUGGGAGCAGAGUGGAGGUGGAGGCUGACAUACACUGUCUGAGAGCACGGGCCAGCUCGAUACCAAUACCCCACACACACCCUGACCCACACACCCACCUUGAGCCUGACCCACACACACACCCUGACCCACACCCCGACCCACACGCCAACCCUGACCCGCACACACACCCUGACCCGCACACACACCCCAGCCCUGACCCGCACACACACCCCAACCCUGAGCCCCACACACACCCUAACACCUCUGUCACACAGCAGCCUGAGCCUUUACCUCUACCCUCCUGCCAGUCAGCCCCCACCCCACCCUCGUCCCCCCCUCAUCCGUUUCCUUACCAUCAGCCCAGCCCUGACCCUGUAGUAGAAGAGGAGCUGAGGGCUGUAGAGACAGACACUGUAACACCCAAACACACUUUUCAGGGACAGGAGGUGGGGCCUGGAGAGACUGGAGCAGGGUUGUGUGUGAUUGGUGGAGAGGCGCAGUUAGGUGCGGGCUCAGGCUCUGGCUCGGCCAGUAGGACUCUGGGUGGGACUCUGGGGCGUAAGGGGCGGGGUAACGGCUCGGUGGCGUGUCAGGGAAGGAGCCAGGAUGUGAUAGAAGAGGUGGGCGACGCUCCCGUCAGGAAGCAAGGAGGUUACUUCAACGCUCCAGCCCAGCCGGACCCUGACGACAAGCUCGUCAUUCCUCCCGAGCUGGAGGAGGAGAUCCGGGAGAUCAUGAAACAACAACAGGAGCAGAGUCAGACACACCCCCAGGGCCACCAGACACACCCCCAGUCACCGCCUGCAGCAGAAUACUACGUCACGCCCUUCUAGCUCCCCAGACCGUUCUGUUACAACCCCUUCACAGCACAUUAGACCGCACCUGUGAAGAAUCCCUGCUACGCCGAUUUAUAGAAUGUCUGGAGAUGAGUUCCUGUAUGGGUGUGUCCCAAAUGACACGCUGUUCAAUAUCCCAAUGAAUGGGAUCAGAGGUUGAGGAGUUAAGGGGGAAACAUGCACAGUCCCUCCCGAAACACACCGACCCUCCUGAAGAUGCCUCAUACCUGCUAAUGGCCAGCAAUACUUGUUUUAUUCUGUUAUUAUUUUAUAUUCCUAACUAUAUGACCCCAGGAAGUAUAAUGCAUUUUUAUAAACACAGGCAUUAUUUACUUGCUUCACAAUGUUCAAGUUAAUUAAUUAAUUUUUUAUCAUAUUUUGUGAUGAAUGAAGGAAUUGAUUAAGCACUUUUUAUGCAGAGACUUUUAUUUGAACUAAUUAUAAAGCUGAAUGAUACAUUCUGCUAGACUGACUGAACUAUUAUAAAGCUGAAUGGUACAUUCUGCUAGACUGACUGAACUAUUAUUGCUAGAGACCUGUUUUCUUUCUGCCAGCCAGCAAGGCAGCCUGACUGUGGCUCCCUCCCUAAUGGCACCCUGUUCCCUAUUGCAGAGCCCUGGUCAAAAGUAGUUCACUAUAUAGGGAAUUGGUUGCUAUUUGGGACACAAACUGUGUAUGGUUGCCUCUAGGCCUCUAAAGUAGACUGAUGCUGAGAGAUAAAACUAAAUCCUAGAAGUUGCAUACUCUUAAGUGUGACCUAAUAAUUGACGUGUACUAAUCUUCUCUAAGAGAAAAUACUUUUUAUUUCAGAAGAUUGUUGACACAGACAGAUGUCUGAGGAAAGGAGGGAGGGAGAGAUGGAUGGGGAGGCAUAGGUAGAAGUAUAAGGACUGGGGAGAACACUGGAAAGGGGGGUGAUACUGGUAUUACGCAGCUCACUGAAUGUGUGGGGCCUAUGUGAUCUAAUGAACUCACUUCAACAAAGGCAUUGUUCUAUCUAAGCUAAUCACACAGGAAAGCUACUUUUUCUAUAAUAAAUCUACAUUUUCAAAUAAUCA